AUAAUGCCACUGGGACAGAGUCUCCUUGCUACUAUACUGCUACACUAAACAAUGGAGCGCCACAUACACUGCAAGCUUUCAGCUUAAUCUUUUUUUUUUUAUUUUUGCACUAUUCACAACGCAUUCUUCAAAACCCUAGCUACCUAGCUUCUCUCUCUGAUAUUUUUGGGGUUCUUCACUUUAAUAUAUACCCCAUUAUAUUCUGUAAACGUUACGUUUUCUUCUAUAAUGGCUUCAGCUUGCGUAAACAAAAUGGGUAUGUCGCCGGAGAAGUUCUUGGAUUGUUCUCCGACAACUAAGUACAAGUCAUAUGGUUGGUUGAGUCCGAGGAUGUCCUUCAGUAAUGGCGACACAUCCAAGGUUGCAGGAACAAAAAAGACAACUCUUGAAGACAAAACGGAAAAAUUAGAUCCAGAAGUUUCAAAUGACUUCGAGUUUUGUCUUGAAGAUCCGGUGAUUAUGUUGCCAGCCGACCAGCUUUUCUCUGAUGGAAAGCUAGUCCCGCUUCACCUUUCCAUGACCCGACCUGUUACCACGACAUCAGCUAAUGUUACAUCCACAGAUAGUGCCACCCCUCAAGUACUUCGGAUGAGAAAUGAGAUUUCGAAUGCUGAUCCGUAUUUGUUCUCUCCAAAAGCACCAAGAUGUACCACAAGAUGGAGGGAGCUUCUAGGUUUAAAGAAACAACAUCAAAACAACAACAACGCAAAGCUUGAAAAUCAGCGAACCUCAUCUUUACCUAGCAAUACCAAAUCUCUCAAAAAUUUCCUUCAUCGUAGCUCAAAAUCAUUGAGUUCUUCUCUAGACUCGUCUCUUAACCUUCCAUUGUUAACAAAAGACUCUGAUACUGAGUCUGUUUCAAUUUCUUCUCGGUUAUCACUUUCCUCUUCUUCUUCUGGCCAUGACCAUGAUGAUCUUCCUAGACUUUCCCUUGAUUCAGAUAGACCAAACAGAAAUGCAGCUAAUCCACGUAGGGUACGACUGGUGAAGCAUAGGGUAUCAUCAUCUGAAGCUACAAGAACUGGUAGAAGCCCAGUUCGUAGACAAACGGACUCCACUCUCACCACAACUGUUCGAGGAGCAUCUGUUGAUAGUCCUAGAAUGAAUUCUUCAGGGAAGAUUGUUUUCCAUAGCUUAGAAAGAAGUUCAAGCAGUCCUAGUACUUUUAAUGGUGGACCAAGGUAUAAACAUAGAGGAAUGGAGAGAUCUUAUUCAGCUAAUGUUCGUGUUACACCUGUUCUUAAUGUUCCAGUUUGUAAAUCUGGGGUCUUUGGAUUUCCUCUGUUUUCUUCUUCAUCUUCAUCUGUAAAUGGAAACAAGGGACAAUAUCACAGUAACAGCAGACCAAAAACAGUCAAAGAAUGAAGAGAGUUUUUAGGUUAGAACCUGGUAAUAUUCAUCCUUUUCCGGUUAGAUUUAUGAGGGUUUUUUGUUGUUAUGGGAGUUUCAGUUUUUCCAGGCUUAGAAAAAUUUAUGUAAAUAUCCAGGCAACUCUUGUUUACUACUUCCAUUGUUGUUUUUGCUAACUCUGAUGCUUAAAGCUAAUGUUUUUGAAUUUUUCAUUUUUUUUC